GGAGGCACAAUCAAGUGAAGAAGGUCUGUGACAGAAGGAGUGUGAGAAUGGAGACGCGAGGGGACAAAAGAGACAGGGGGAAUUGAGAUAUCAUCAACAAGUAGGAGUGAAGAUCAGUUAAAGCAACUGCAGUCUGCUGAGGACAGUUCACAGAGUCUCUGCUGGUGCUGGCCCCUCGAGUGACUUGGCUGCUCUCGGAAUGGAUGAGCUAUUCUAAUGGGUGGCAUUGAGACCUUCUUCUCACCAUGUCACAGGGCAGCUUGACAUGGCUCCGGUUCAAGAUCGAGCAGUCAAUGGCCUUGGGUAGUCUCCUACUGGUCUUUUCUUUGCUUCAGGUGGUCACCAGCACGUGCCCAAGAAGCUGCCAGUGUUUCGACAAGAACGGGAAAUUUGUGCGCUGCACUGGCAAGAACCUGAAGGAAAUCCCCAAGGACCUCCCUGCUGACACCGUGACCUUACAUCUUAACUCCAACCGGAUAACCAAAAUACCCAGCAAUGCCUUCAAAGACCUCUACCUACUCAAGGAACUGGAUUUAUCCAAAAACGCCAUUGAGUCAAUAGAUAAUGAAGCAUUCAAAGGAAUCCCUGAGGGCCUCAAGAUGCUUGAUCUGUCGAGCAACAGGAUCCAGAGUGUGCCAAAGGAGGUCUUCAGUAAAAUUAAAGCAAAGAUCCGACUCUCAGACAACCCAUGGCACUGUGAAUGCUCGCUGCAGCAGAUCAUCGAGGAGCUGACCCUUGACCCAGAAACGGUCAAUGACUUCAUCUGCCAUUCCUCGGUGCAGGAGGAGUAUGCCGGCCAGCCACUCAUCCAGAUCCUCGAUUCAGGUAUCAACUUCUGCAACAUCCACCAGAAGACGACCGAUGUCGCCAUGUUCAUCACCAUGUUUGGCUGGUUCACCAUGGUCAUCUCCUACAUUGUGUACUACGUGCGCCAGAAUCAGGAAGAUGCCAGGCGUCACCUCGAGUACCUUAAGUCGCUCCCAAGCACACAGAUCACCAAGGAGUUUGACACGAUCAGUACUGUACUGUGAGAUCGAUUGUGUGACACCUAUGCGACCUUAAUAUUGGAUGAGUCAGCACCGCUCCUGGCUCAACCACAAGUGCCUCAUUUGCUAAUUAGAGAUUGUACGCCCUUUGACCUUUUCUAUGAUUUUUUUUCUGUGCAUUUGAAGUUCCUAAUAAAGCUGUCAGAACGAAUGAGCUGUGGUG